AAGGAAAUAUUGUACAUUUUCUCCAAUACAUUUACUUAAAGAAUAAUGUUUUUAGAAGCAUAUUGUGAGCAUAUAAAAUGCCAAAGAUAAAACAAUAUUAGCUAUUAACACUAAUUUAGCAACAACUUUGAAAAGCAGCCUCCAUGUUAAUGUUAAACAAAUAAUAUAAUAUUUAAUGACAUAACACUGACAGAAGCAAUUCUUGUGCAUAAUGUGUUUCUUUAUACAAAAUGUACAUUUUAGUGAAAAGAUUCACAUCCUUGUACAAUUUUUGUGGUAUAAUUAUUAUUAUUUACUUAAAUAAAGGAUUUGAAUACUUCUUCCACUACCACUGAGUCUAUUGAAAAUUAAAGUUAAAGUAUAUGAAGGAACUGGGAUGAAUCCAGGGGUUUGAGUUGCUCUUUGAUUUCUGUGGUUUGUGUCAUUUGAUGUCAUGCAGUCUGUAAUCCAAUCAGGAAGGGAGAGAGUGUAAUCCAUUUUAAUCCCACAUUCAGAGAGAGAGGGAGAGAGAAGCCUAGAAUAGGAUGGGUCAUUAAGAGAGACAGAAACAGUUGAAGGACAGCAGUAAUCUCUGAACCCAGCUUUAUUGGUCUCUCUGAUCUGAUCCCAUCUGACAGCUGCCUGCCUGUGUCCUGAGCUCUGGCUGUAAGGGAUACCUCUCUAUGGAGACGCACUCCCAUAUGUAGGGGAGGGCUUUCAGCAUAAGGAGACCCUCACCUCGAUGAAGCAACCAGUCAAGAGAGAGAAAGAGAAUGAAGAAGGAAAGACUGUAGUUGUAGAGAGAUAAGAAGGAGGGUCACUGGUGGGGAACAAGAGGACUGGAAAUCAAUAGAACGAAGUAAGAAGAAAGAGUUUGGUGAAGUUAAUUUGUCAGGAUGGGUUAUGAUUUGGAGAGGUUUGUGGGUUACGUCAAUGAAGGACUUCUGUGCUGUGUGUGUCGAGACGUGUUGGAGCGCCCCCUCCAGGCGCCCUGUGAACAUGCCUAUUGUAGCGCCUGCAUCAGCAGCUGGCUGGUCCAUCACCACUCCUGUCCUGAGGACAGACUACCACUGGAUGUGGGCAGCCUCAAACCACUAUACAGGUACAUGCGUAAUGAUCUGACCCGCCUGCAGAUACGUUGUGUGAAUGCAGGGCAGGGCUGUGAGGUGGUCUGCUCCCUGGAGAGCCUGCAUGCUCAUGAGGAUGAGUGCGAGUUUGCUUUCAUAUCCUGCACUAACACGGGUUGUCCUGUGCAGGUAGAGAGGCGAGGCCUGGAGGCUCACCUGUCCGAAUGUAACUUUCGCAGCAGGGAGUGUCCCAACGGCUGCGGCCACACCCUUCUCUCCAUUGACCAAUCACAGCAUAACUGUGUGGCAGAGCUGCGCACCGAAGUGGAGAUGCUCAGAGCAGAGAUGCUAUGCAAGGUGGAGGAGGUGAGACGAGAGAUGGAGUCGAGGUUGGACUCGCAGAGGAGACACAUGGUGCAGAAAGAGUCACAGCUGAAGAAUGAAGUGGAGGAGCUCAAGGGUCAGCUGUCCCGUGUGAUGUGUGACAUGCGAGCCCUGUUAGGAGCAGAGCGCCUGAGAAGACAGGAGCUAGCAGAGGCAGAGCUGGAGAAGAGGGAACUGCUGGAGCUCCUCAAAGAUCUGCAACCAACCAGGAGUCAGAAUCCUGUCGAACCGGCAGCCAGGGAUCAUCAGCAUCAGGGAGACCAGCAGACAUCAGGAUGGGAAUUACACAGUGAGCCAAUGAGACAUCAGCUGAGGGAGGCAUCGUUACAUGCCUCCAGUCUGUCGCUACAUUCAGCUCAGGUCAUAAAUAUAUCAGGUCCACCUGCAUCACCUCAGCUGGGAGAGGGGGUGCGAAAAGGGGGUACCAGGAGUCUGACUCUAGACUGCAUCAAGAGGAAGAGCCGGGAGGUCACAGUCAUCUGAUUGGACUGGACUGGUGGGACACUAGCCAAACGAAAAAAAGAUUGAACCUUUAUUUUUUUUAAUAUUUAGCAUUUUCCAAAGAGUUUAAUAAUGAAAAAUAAUGCAUGCACAGUAGGUUCAGGCGAUGAGUCUUUGAGGAUUUUGUAAACUGUAAAGUAAAAACAUUUGAAAGAGAGGAAAAAAUAGUCUGCUGUGGAAUAAAUGUCGUGUGUUUGAAAGGCACACCUUUUUGUGUAGUUCUACAACUAAAUUAUUGUUUUAAUUGUAGGUUU